UCCCGUCGCCAUCACAUCGCUGUCACAUCGCCAUCACAUCGCUUGCCGAACGCCCUCGUCGAAACCCUGGUGCCUCGCGAUAUUCUAUCAUCAGCAAAGCCGAUACGAGACACAUAGUGCCGCGACUCCACAUCCAGCCUUGUCCGAGGAUUGGCGACAUGCCAGCCGGGAUUGUUUAUGAGGGCGCUGCCGCCCCGGCGGUUCCUCCAGACAAUGGCGUAUUUAGCGGCUUGAAAUUCUGGAUCGGCCGCCGAGUUCCCGACCGAACCACCGUCAGCCGGGCAGUCCAUAGCAACGGUGGCAAGGUUGUCGCGCUUGAGAAGUAUGCCAACUACAGGAUUUACGAUCACGCGAGGAAGGAUGCGCCGCCUGGGUCGUGUUCCUAUCGGUUCAUCACGGACUCCGUCGCCGCCGGCGCCCUGAAGGACCCCCAGGAUUACCUAUGCGUCCGGGUGAGCAGCGGGACUAGGUCUGGCCAAUCUGAACCCGGGAGUUCGGCGCCCCAGAAGCAAACGAGGACGAAGUUUACCACCGAAGAUGACUUGAUCCUCUAUAGAUGGGUCAAGGGGAUGGUAGGCGCCGGAAAGCGAGCUGGCGGUAUGGAAAUAUACAAAGAUCUCGCAAAAAAACAUCCGCACCACACGUACCAGUCGUGGCGUAGUCGCUGGGUAGAUGUCCUGAGUUUUCGUCGCCCGUCCCUGGAACCCCCAUCUCCAUCGGCACGUAGUCCGAGGGUGACGAGGUCCGCUGGAGUCGAGCAUACGCCGAUCAGGACACGGAAAUCCCUGAGCGUACGAGACCACGUUUCCACGGGUGAGACAGAAGAGAUAGAUGUGGCCCCGGCCCCGCGCGUAGCGAACGGUAAGGCCAAGUCCCACGCUGCAAAUAGGGAAGAGCGGGAACCCCUGCCUACCGCAAAGAAGACGCAACCUCGCCAAAAACCGCGGAACGUGUCUUCCGGUCCGAGUGAGUCAAUCUCUAGCGAAGACUCUAUGGUAGAGAAAUUCCAUCGCUAUUAUAGGGACUUUCUAGAGGGCGAAGAGCGCCCGAUGGUUUUUCACUCGACCGUUCGUGGCCGUACUUUCGGGAUGUGGGAUCUGUGGCGUGCGGUCGACUCCCUAAAAAUGGAGCCUGCCGAGCGUGAUUGGCAACAGAUUGCUGAAACCAUGGGAUUUGACUGGGUUCAGCACGAGACUGUCCCAGACGAGCUACGACGAUGCUACGAGAAAUAUCUCGCCGAUUUUGAAGAGGCCUUGAGGGCCUUCGAGAACGAACAACUGGGAGAGGAAGAGGGGGGAGAGGAAGAGGAGGGAGAGGAAGAGGGGGGAGAGGAAGAGGAGGAAGAAGAAGAUCAAAGCGAGGGCCAGAAUCAGGAGUUGGGUACAGAAACAACACUCCCCUCGUCACCGCCGGCGCCUUCUCUAAAACGACCCCUCACUACCGAGCUCUCAGACCCUAGCUGUGCAUAUCCACAGUCGCCCAAACGACGAAGAAUCGACCGUAAGAGUGUGAUUCCAUCUACACCCGACGAAGUGAAUGGAACCUCUCAUCUGCGCCCUCGGCCCGGUGCCAACGUGACCCCCCGCGCCAGGAAGCCUGAUGCGACCAAUACCGAGGUAGCUCUACAGAGUAGUCCCCUACGGCAUGUCGUAGACGAAGAAGCCGACGAGGAUGAAUCCCGCGACACAUUGGGGGAGCUGUGUAACCCAUUUCAAAGACCAAAGAAGGUCCCCGAGCCAGAGACACAGGAUUUUGGAUUUGAUGCAGACACGCAAGUGAAUAUCGAUGAUGCAGAAUCACAAUGCGGCAUCACGCCGUCGCAGCAGCUCCUACUAGAGUCCGAUGCCGCCAUCUCAAUCAUGGAAGAUGGAUCUCCAACUCCUAAGGCUAGGACACGAAACCUCAGUCCAACUUCGCCGCCGCCGAGAAGAUCCACCGCGCGGUCCUCGCGGGACGGGCCCGCUGGCAAAACACCGAGGCCUUCUACGGCUAACUAUACCAAAGAUGAUACCGCAAGCCCAACUCUAAGCAGAGGCAAAGCUGAACGCCGUUCUUUGCCACAUUCAUAUGUUCGGAGCCCACCAGCCGCUGUUAAGACUUCAGGCGGAUCCUCAUCUAAGCGACUGGAUCAUCCUAAAGACCAACCCCCGAAGCAGCCAAUUCUAGUGCUAGAGACGGAGGACCAAGUAGUGGAUCAUUUCUGCUCACUCGGCUACCCGAGAGACAUAGUGCUUCGGGCGCUGCGGGCGACGACGUGGCGCCUAGGGGACGCGGGCCAGGUCAUGGAGAUGCUGAAGCGGGGAGAGGAGCUUCCGCAGCGGACGCGCGGAGUCUGGACGCGGCGCGACGACGAAGCACUGCGGUUGGUAUCCCUCGAGGAACCCCCCAAGGAUGAGAGAGAGCAGAGGAAGCGCGCAGGGGCGCGCAGGAUGCUCGAGGCCAAACACGGCCUGGAGCUAAUGGACGUUCGACGAGAAUACCUCUGGGGAGGCCCUAAGAAUCAGGAUCUGCACUAGGCAUUUAUGAUAUUAGGCGUUGUUGUUUUUAUCUGGUUGAUUGUUGGGCUGUCCGUGCAAUUCGUACACAGUCGGGAUAAUGACAUAUUAUACCAAGGCGUAUUCGCGUUGGUCAAUCCCUGUAAUGAUAUUGUUACGCAAGCCUCAAAUUCUCUAGUCGAGCAACAUCCUACGUGGUAUAUCAAUAUGCGCAUGAAGGUCCGGAUAGG